AUGUCUGUUACAGACUUUACCAUAACUGAUGAGAAAGUACAAGUACAUCACAGCAUUGAGAAGGAGAAAACUGUAAGACAUGUUGGCGAUUUGUGUUCCUCACACUCGAAAAAAAUUCAGGUUGGAAUCUGCUUGCUUCUGGUGGAGCUGUGUGAGAGGUUCACGUUCUUUGAAGUCGUCUGCAACAUGAUCCCCUUUUGCACUAUCAAGCUUGGCUAUCGCAAUUGCCAAGCAGCCAUCUUAAACUUGUGUUUUAUUGGAACUUCAAUACUUACCCCUGUGUUUGUUGGAUGGCUCACUGAUGUCUAUUUAGGAAGAAACAAACUGGUGUAUAUUUGCUUGUUUCUACAUUUUCUAGGCACUGCUUUGUUAUCUGUGGUGGCUUUUCCCUUGGAAGAUUUCUAUCUGGGCACUUACCAUGCAGUUAACAACAUACCAAAAACAGAGCAGCACAGGCUGUUUUAUGUAGCACUGUUGACCAUUUGCCUUGGCAUUGGAGGCAUAAGAGCCAUCGUCUGUCCACUGGGUGCUUUUGGCCUUCAGGAGUAUGGAUCACAAAAAACAAUGUCUUUUUUUAACUGGUUUUAUUGGCUCAUGAACCUAAAUGCAACUAUUGUGUUUCUGGGAAUAUCUUACAUCCAGCACUCACAGGCCUGGGCCCUUGUUUUACUUAUUCCUUUUAUGUCUAUGCUUAUGGCUCUGAUAACUCUUCAUAUGAUAUACUACAACCUAAUUUAUCAGUCAGAAAAACGUUGUUCUCUCCUGACAAGCGUUGGGGUGUUGGUUAGUCCACUGAAAACAUGCCACCUGCAAUACUGCCAUCUUGGCAGAGACGUGACAAGCCAGUUAGACCAUGCCAAAGAAAAAAAUGGUGGCUGCUACAGUGAGCUCCAUGUAGAAGACACAACAUUUUUCCUCACCCUUCUCCCUCUCUUCAUUUUUCAGCUCCUAUACAGAAUGUGCAUUAUGCAGAUUCCUUCAGGAUAUUAUCUGCAAACUAUGAAUUCCAACCUGAAUUUGGAUGGAUUUCUUCUGCCAAUUGCAGUAAUGAAUGCCAUCAGCAGCCUACCAUUACUAAUUCUGGCUCUUUUUCUGGAGUAUUUCAGCACCUGCCUGUUUCCCUCUAAGAGGGUUGGAUCAUUUCUGUCAACAUGCAUCAUUGCUGGAAAUCUUUUUGCUGCAUUGUCUGUGAUGAUAGCUGGCUUCUUUGAAAUACACCGAAAACAUUUCCCUCCAGUGGAGCAGCCCCUUUCAGGAAAAGUUCUCACUGUUUCCUCCAUGCCCUGUUUCUACCUGAUUCUUCAGUAUCUUUUACUUGGAGUGGCGGAAACGUUGGUAAACCCAGCCCUCUCUGUAAUAUCAUACAGAUUUGUUCCAAGCACCAUCAGAGGAAUCUCCAGGAAUUUUCUGACACUGUUCAAUGGAUUUGGCUGUUUCACAGGGGCACUGCUGGUGGAGUUGGUGUAUCUCAUCUCAGAAGGCAAUUGGUUUCCAAACACAUUAAACAAAGGCAAUUUAGAAAGCUGCUUCUUCUUCCUGGCAUCAUUAACAUUGUUGAACGUCCUGGGAUUCUGGAGUGUUUCACAAAGAUAUUGUAAUCUAAAUCAUUUUAAUGCCCAGAACAUCCAUGGAAGUAAUCUUGAAGAAACACUUCUCCUCCACGAAAAGUCUCUGAAAUUUUAUGGCAGUAUACAGGAAUUUUCUUCAAGUAUUGAUCUUUGGGAGACAGCCCUAUGA